CGGUAUACUUGGCGCGUCCAUACCCUAACUCCUAACCCUGACCUUAACUCCUAACCGUAUCCUAACCGAAGCCAUAACCCUUACCUAACCUUAACCAUUACCGUAACCGUUUAAAAUGUCUACUUCAACGGGUGACGUCAGUGUGGGGACGUCCCAUGGAUCCCAGAUAGCUUCGACCAUAUUUCAACCUGCUUGUAACCCAUUUUCGGAAGCAGCAGAAGUCUGGUUGAGGUGAAAAUUUGACAGGACAAUGAAUAUCAAUAGACUUAUAGCUUUAUCCAAAUCUGUUCAAUUUGGAAAGAUUUUAACAUCUAACGCAAGACAUGCGACGAAAGAAGUCACCUUACCUCACCGGACCAUUAGAACUCAUGCUAGGAAUCUGGCCUACGCCAAGGACCUGUUCCUUGGCAAAGUAAACAAAGCAGAGUGCUUCCCCUAUCCAGAGAUUGGAAAUGAAGAGCUGGAGGAGAUCAACUCGUUUGUUGCUCCGGUAGAGAAAUUCUUCACUGAAGAGGUGGACUCCAAGCGUAUCGACCAUGAAGCUAAGAUUCCUCCAGAGACUCUGAACGGACUGAAGGAGCUGGGACUGUUCGGUAUCCAGGUGCCUGAGGAGUAUGGUGGCCUGGGUCUGUCCAACACCAUGUAUGCCCGACUAGGAGAGAUCAUCUCUCUGGAUGGAUCCAUAGCAGUUACACUGGCUGCCCACCAAGCCAUCGGACUCAAGGGGAUCCUGAUAGCCGGUAGUGAGGAGCAGAAGGCUAAAUAUCUCCCCAAGCUGGCUUCAGGAGAACAUGUAGCAGCCUUCUGUCUCACUGAGCCUGGCAGUGGGAGUGAUGCUGCGUCCAUUCAGACCAAAGCCACCCUAUCAGAAGACAGGAAAACAUACCUGCUCAAUGGGUCAAAGAUCUGGAUCUCAAACGGGGGGUUUGCAGACCUGAUGACGGUGUUUGCUCGUACGGAGGUGGUAGGAGAGGAUGGAGUGAAGAAAGAUAAGAUCACUGCCUUCAUCGUAGAGCGAGCCUUCGGAGGGAUCACCAGCGGAAAACCAGAAGAUAAACUAGGCAUUAGGGGGUCGAACACAUGUGAAGUGUCAUUCGACAACUGUCCAGUCCCUGUGGAGAAUGUAAUAGGAGAAGUAGGAGGAGGCUUCAAGGUGAUGUCACUUCCCUUUCCCCUCU